AUGGAAGAGCCGCCGGAGGGGCACGGCCACCGAGACGCAGCGCCCGGCCCGGCGAGCAGCGGCAGCGGCAGCGAUGGCGAGAGCGUGCCCGUGUCCCCCAGCCCCGCGCCCGCCUCCCCCGCCGCGCCCUGCCCCCUGCCCCUGCCCCGCCGCCGCCACCCGCCGCCACCGCCGCCGCCCCCGCCGCCGCCGCCCCACCGCACCACCAACUUUUUCAUCGACAACAUCCUGAGGCCGGACUUCGGCUGCAAGAAGGAGCCGCCCGCGCCGGCCGGCGGCGGAGGAGGAGGCAGCCGGGAGCGGGACGGAGAUCGGGGGCAGAGCUCAGGUAGAGAAAACGUCAACCCGCUGCUGGCCCGGCCGCCCAAUCCGCCCGCCCUCCUGUGCCCGGACUCGAACUGCCGUCCCGACGGCUCCGCGCCGCCGCCGCCGCCCGCCGCCGCCGCCAAAGCCGGUCCCGCCGCGGCAGCAGCGGCGGCGGCGGCGUCGGGGGCGGCCAAGGCCCCCGCCGACGGGGGCGAGACUCACCCGGCGAAGUACGGGGAGCACGGCAGCCCCGCCAUCCUCCUCAUGGGCUCUAAUAAUGGAGGACCUGUUAUAAAGCCCGACUCGCAACAGCCGCUGGUGUGGCCUGCCUGGGUCUACUGCACUAGGUAUUCAGACAGACCGUCCUCGGGCCCCCGCACCAGGAAGCUGAAGAAGAAGAAGACGGAGAAGGAGGACAAGCGGCCGCGGACGGCGUUCACGGCCGAGCAGCUGCAGCGGCUGAAGGCGGAGUUCCAGGCGAACCGGUACAUCACGGAGCAGCGGCGGCAGAGCCUGGCCCAGGAGCUCAGCCUCAACGAGUCCCAGAUCAAGAUCUGGUUCCAGAACAAACGGGCCAAAAUCAAGAAGGCGACGGGCAUUAAGAACGGGCUGGCGCUGCACCUCAUGGCCCAGGGACUCUACAACCACUCCACCACCACGGUGCAGGACAAAGAGGAGAGCGAGUGA